CUUAUUCAUUCAGUCUCAAGAUUUCACUCCUUCCGCUCCACACACGGGAAUGGACACCUUUCUCUCUUUUAACCCAAGACCGAUAAUCAUUUUGCUUCUCUGCCAUUUGAACAGCUUCUCUAAUGACGGAUGCAACACUAUCGACUAUCUCCCUCUCCAAGCAAAUAUAUCCACCUGGGCUGGAAACAUCGGCAGAUUUCUUAGAAGAAAAAAAACGGCCUUUGAAAACCAUUUGAGAUUUACUCGUUCCCCGUGUUGUGAGCUAGGCGUCUUAGAAUAUUCUUCAGCGCUGGGUUCAUGGCGGACUAAAGUCAUAGUGUAAGGCUGCGCAGCUUUUCCAUUUUCCAGCACUAUCCUACUUUUGCUUUAUACAUACUUGUUUAAGAAUCUUGGGAAUAAUUUGAUUUCUAUUUGCCGGUAGGUAUGAUGGGUUUUUCUUGUCAAUUUGACUAAACCAUUUUGUUUAUUUUGCUUUUGCAGUAUUUAAUUUAUAUAUAAUCGGAUCCCUAACAAUAAUUUAUGAUGUUUAACAAAUGAAUUGUGAUGUUCUUUGAAGCUA